CGCUCAUCCUCGGAGUCUCGUACGUAAGAUUCAAGAAAAACUGCAGAAUAGCAGAGAAUCCAAACCCGGAUUUGUUUGCAUUAACAAAUCGGAUUUGAUAAUAGAUGACACGUCCGGAACCUUGUAAUGGAGGAUAUAGCUUCCGGCUGGUUUCGGUCAAAAAAGAAACGUAAACGACGGGAUAGAAGAAGACGGCGUCAGGCUACGAGUCACUCAACACCCUUACAGGCUCAUCUAAUUCAUUGAUUCCAAACACUCCUAAUAUCUUAAAACCCCUCCAAUCGAUUCAUAUCGAUCAUUUGGAGACGAAACUGGAUUGUAUUGAUGGUUGACUGUUCAUUGUUUGGACUAUAGAGGACCGGGUAAUCUUGAAUCCAUCUCUUUGGUGUUGAGAUGGAUUUGGCAUCUAGUUGCAAGGACAAAUUGGCAUAUUUUCGAAUAAAGGAGCUCAAGGAUGUCCUUACUCAGCUAGGACUUUCGAAGCAGGGAAAAAAGCAGGACCUUGUUGAUCGGAUAUUAGCUAUUCUCUCUGAUGAACGAGUUUCUGGGAUGUGGGCAAAGAAAAAUGCCGUUGGAAAGGAAGAAGUAGCAAAAUUAGUUGAUGACACCUAUAGAAAAAUGCAGGUUUCUGGGGCAACUGAGUUAGCAUCAAAAGGACAGGGUGUCUCAGAUAGUAGUAAUGUGAAGCUCAAAGAGGAAAUUGACGAUUCUUAUCUAUUAGAUAAGAUUCGCUGUCCCUGUGGAAGUUCUUUGCAGACUGAUUCAAUGAUUAAGUGUGAAGAUACGAGAUGCAAUGUGUGGCAGCAUAUUGGUUGUGUUAUUAUUCCGGAGAAGCCUAUGGAGGGUGUUCUACCUGUUCAUCCCGACUUUUUUUACUGUGAACUCUGUAGACUCAGUCGGGCUGACCCAUUUUGGGUGACAGUUGCACAUCCUUUAUAUCCUGUGAAAAUGACUACUCCAAAUGUUCCAAUGGAUGGUGCAAGCGCAGUGCAGAGUGUGGAGAAAACAUUUCAACUUACAAGAGCAGACAAGGACUUGUUGUUGAAACAAGAAUAUGAUGUUCAGGCGUGGUGUAUCCUUCUUAAUGACAAGGUUCCAUUUAGGAUGCAGUGGCCACUACAGGCAGACCUACAGGUCAACGGUGUUCCAAUGCGGGCAAUUAACAGGCCUGGCUCGCAAUUACUAGGGGCUAAUGGUCGUGAUGAUGGUCCUGUUAUCACACCAUGCACCAGAGACGGAAUUAAUAAAAUUUCCUUAAAAGGAUGUGACGCUCGUGUGUUCUGUUUGGGGGUCAGAAUUGUAAAGCGGCGUACUGUCCAGCAGAUCCUCAACUUGAUUCCCAAGGAUUCAGAUGGUGAAAAAUUUGACGAUGCUCUUGCUCGUGUUCGUCGUUGCGUCGGUGGUGGAACUCCUACGGAGAAUGCUGAUAGCGACAGUGAUCUGGAAGUUGUUGCUGAUUCUAUUCCUGUCAAUCUACGUUGUCCUAUGAGUGGUUCAAGAAUGAAGGUCGCUGGAAGAUUCAAACCUUGUGUUCAUAUGGGCUGUUUUGAUCUUGAAGUUUUUGUGGAAAUGAACCAACGUUCUAGGAAGUGGCAAUGUCCAAUUUGUCUCAAGAAUUACUCUUUGGAGAACAUCAUCAUUGACCCAUAUUUCAAUCGCAUCACAUCUAAGAUGCAGAAUUUUGGGGAAGAGGUGACGGAGAUUGAGGUGAAGCCUGAUGGUUCUUGGCGGGUAAAGGCAGACAGUGAUCAUAGGGACCUUGGUGAUCUCUGGCAGUGGCACUUCCCUGAUGGUACUCUAUGUGCCCGGAUGGAUGGAGACAUUAAACCUAAGUCUGAAGAGUUUAAGCAGAUCAAACAGGAAGGUGGUUUUGAAGGUCAUGCCAAUUUGAAACUUGGAAUCAGAAAGAACCAAAAUGGGUGCUGGGAGGUCAGCAAACCUGAAGAUAUGCAUACAUUUUCUUCUGGUACCAAGUUGCAAGACAAGUUUGAAAACCAUAAUGUCAUCAUCCCAAUGAGCAGCAGUGGCACUGGAAGUGGUAGGGAUGGGGAAGAUCCGAGUGUCAAUCAGGAUGGCGGUGGGAAUUUUGAUUAUACUACCAAUAAUCAUGGGAUUGAGCUUGAUUCAUCUCUGAACAUCGACCCAACAUAUGGAUUUACCAACCGGACUCCUGCUGGACCAUCAGUUCAUCCUGAACUUAUUGUUCUUAGUGAUUCAGAAGAAGAGAAUGACGCAAUGAUUUCUUCUGGUGCGGUCUACAAGAACAAUCUAACUGAUGCUGCAUUUUCCAUCCCACAUGGUAUGCCAGAUUCAUAUCAUGAAGAUCCUGCUCUUGGUACUGGUGGGAAUUCAUGCCUGGGACUUUUCAAUACCAAUGAUGAUGAAUUUGGUAUGCCUCCUCUGUGGUCUUUACCUUCUGGUAGUCAAGCAGGUCCUGGUUUCCAGUUAUUUGGUUCAGAUGCAGAUGCCUUGGUUAAUAUACAGCAUGGUCCCAUUAAUUGUUCCACAUCAAUGAAUUGCUAUCCAUUGACUGCAGAGACUGCCAUGGGAUCAGCUCCUCUUAUCCCCGAGCCUUCCGUUGAUCGUUCUAAUGCUGAUAUAAAUGAUGGGUUAGUUGAUAAUCCCUUGGCAUUUGGUGGGGAGGAUCCCUCUCUUCAAAUAUUUCUUCCUACAAGGCCUUCAGAUUUGUCAGUGCAGCCUGCCUUGAGAAAUCAACCCGAUGUGUCAAAUGGUGUUUGUAAUGAGGAUUGGAUUUCUCUCAGGCUUGGGGGCGGCGGCGGGGUUCACAGUGGCUCGGCAACUGCAAAUGAAUUGAAUUCAAGACAGCAAUUACCAUCGAAGGAGAGCAACUUGAAUUCGUUGGCUGACACUGCUUCUUUGCUUCUCGGUAUGAAUGACAGUAGAUCUUCUAAGGUGAGUAGGGAAAGAUCAGAUAGCCCUUUCUCAUUUCCUCGUCAGCGGCGUUCUGUUAGGCCACGGUUAUAUCUUCCUAAUUAUUCGGAUUCUGAGUAGAGUUGGACAUUGUUUGCUGAGAACAGUUGUUGCUUUUUAAAAGAACGAUUAAUCUGAAAUGCUGCCAAAUAUACCCCUGAUUAGGGAAAACCUUUUUGGAAUGAUCUGAUGAUGUGUCUCCUGACUUACUGUCAAGUUGUCAGUACAUGUCAAUUGAAGAAAGCCGACAAGCAUUUUUUUCCAUUGAAGUGGUAGUCUCAGGUGCUGCAAGGCAUGGUGGAAAACUUUUAGCAAGAAAUUUCCUGCUCAGAAGUGGUCCUGUUACGUCGGGAAUCUUUUUCCAUUGGUGAGCUGCUGCCCGCCCUUACUUUUUGGUUUACUCUGUCCAGCUCCAUUUAUGCUUGAUAGAUGCCGUCUACUUGGUUUCUAUACCCCAAAGGCUGGUAUAAAUUCUUUUUUCCCAUCCUUUCUCUUUGAUGAUGUCUUCUUGUAGGCACCAUGCUGCCAAAUUGUACAAUAGACAGUUAAUCAAAUGUGAAAAUUGGAAAUGAGGUCCAUUAAUGUUAAUUAGGGAGGGUGCCCUCUUUCAGUAAAUCACAAGUAUUUUACCCUCGACUCUGAUUUUUUACUAGGAAAUAACCUGUAAAUGUCUUCUACUGGGAUUCAGUAAUUUAUAGAAAUACAUACUAUUUGUCAUAUGGAUAAAUAUUGCAAGUUCCGCCUA